ACAAAGCAAGGAGCCCGGUCAGACGUAUGCUGUAUCUGCUUCCCGGUCUUAUUUUUACUUAAUUCUACCACAUUCAGCUAACUACAGCCUCCCCAAAUCUACCACAGUCAUCUAGGAACUACAAUAUGACUGCUCAACAGGAGAAAUUAUACUUUCCAGUUGACAACGUCACAUUAUAUGACUUGUUUGACUGGAAGAAAGAAUCAACUUGGAGGGAGAAGUUGUCUGGUCAGACCUUAACAUGUUGGCAUGAUCAUGCAUUUACAGACCCACCAAAAUUUAAAAGUUGCAGGCCUGCUAUAAUGACUGCCACUAGGGUGAAGGUUAAUGGGCACGAAUUGGCACUGUUCCGCUUUGGCAACACUGUUUGUGCCAUUGAUGAAAAAUGUCCACAUGCAGGUGGACCACUCCAUGCAGGUGACAUUGAGGAACUGCCAAAUCACACCGUGUGUGUCAGGUGUCCCUACCAUAGGUGGGCUUUCAGCCUUAGAGAUGGUAAGUGUAAGGAACCUGAUUUUCAUGGGAAAUUAUUUGCCAAGGUCUACCCAGUGAAAGUUGAUCUAUGUAAAGGACAAAUCAAAGUUGGGUUCGACUCCUUCCAUCCAUCGUGUUUUCAAGAUUGCAUUGAGUAACAAGUCAUGAGCUGUGUAGGCAAGUCAUUUUUUUUUUUUGGGGGGGGGGUAUUUUGUUAUUUUGAAACAUUUACACUACAUUUUGAGGAUUGGUCUCAGUUGAGAGUACCACUACACUAAACUUAAGUAAGGUACAGUUGUCUCCACAUGAAUGUACCACAGCUUGGUAGUGUGUGAGGGCACAGGUAUGAGAUGUGGCAACGCACUGCGUGGUCAUGGGCGUGAAAUCUUGGGUUUCCUUGUGUGUUGUGGCUACACAACAAUGCUGAAUAACAUAGAUAAAGCAUCAAUGUGAUAAAUGUUCUUCAGCAUUUAUGUGUGGCCACACAAACGAUUUUUUUUACUGUUUCACGCCCAUUAAUUCAUCCCCGACUGCAGUGCUGCAUUGCCACAUCUCGUACCGGAGUCCUCACACACCCCCAGGCUGUGGCACAGUAUGUUCUUGUGGAGGUAACUGUGCCUAAGUGUUAUAGGUCUACCUUGUCCUAUUGCAAAUUUACUUACAACAGUUUCAUUUUAUUGCAAUUUAAUUUUUAAUGCCAGAUUUGGUGUGUUGGAUUUUUUUGCAAUGCAGUCAUAAAGAAAAGUUCAAAUCAUGUGCAACAACUUUGUAUGAAGACAAAGAUGUGCUGGUAUAUGUGUGGCUGUGAGAGGGAGGCAUGGCUUAUGGCUCACUAUAUUAUGUACCACAAAUUGCACAGUUGUUUUACACAGUUUAACAUCUAUUACAUUCAUAUUUUAGUGUCACAAUGGUGGUAAAAUUAGUUGUACUGUAGAGGGAGUGUUAAGUGGUGGUGGCUGAUUGCUUUGCUUAUUAUAUUUGUAUUUCCUUGUUCUUUCUUUUGAGUUAUUAUUUUUUAUUAUAAAUCAGUCAUGUAUAGAGGCCCUGAACUUCCCAGCCAGGAUUGUUACUCCCCAUGACACUGUAACAGUAUACAUUGUUUCUUAUGGGAAGAUGGUUUUGCUUUUUAUGAUUUCACACAUCAUGAAAGUGUUCAGUAAUGGGAGCCUGUAUAAUAUUGCAGAUUUUGGCUAGUACAUCGCAACCCCCCCACCCCACCCUAAAAAUUAAACUACAGUACCCAGUAAUUUAAGUGUUGUGUUAAUUUUUAGUUAUGUUGAAAUAAAUGGUGUUUUAAUGUUUUUAGUGUACCUGAUUUAAUUAAGUGGUGGGGGGUAGGGGAAGAGUCGACACUUAUCAUUGUGGAAUAGGUGGAUCUCUCUACCUUGAGUAGCUGCCACCCACCACCACCUGGUUUGCCAGUAUGUGCCAUGAUUUCACCACUCAUUACAAUAACAGUAGGAAUAUACUGUAGUGUAGUGGACAUCACUUUUUGUUUACAUUACAUUAUGAUUGGUUGACCAUUCCUCAUUGUGUAGCUAAACCAUCAUUUACAGGUCAGUCAGCAAACAUACCAAUUCCUCAACCCACCCCUUCUCCUUCCCUCCUAUCCUUUCCCCCUCCACCCUAUCCCCCUUGCCCCUCCCACCUAUCUUCCUUAUCCCUCCCACUUAUCUCUUGUCUCUCCAACCUAUCCCCCUCUCCUCCUUGUCCUUCCCUUUGCCCCUUGUCUUACCGCUACACAUCAUCAGCUCACAGACCACCACCUGCUCUCAGCAACCUUGGGUCUUGUGAGUUUUUGGUGUGGAAACCUUGCUUUAUACAGAAAUGAAAGAACUUUUGUUUAAAGGAGAUUAUUUUUGUUUACAUCUAUCGAAAAUGUAUAGAAGAAGAAGAUUUUUUUAUUAUUUACUAUAUACAAGUGAUAAGCUGUAGUCUGAGUAAGGGAAUUUGUACUUGUUUGAACGUCAAGAAAGUGAGCGAUGGCAGAAGCAGUACUCGCUCUCUCUCUCUCUCCUUUCUCUCUCUCUCUCUCUCUCUCUCUCUCUCUCAAAACUAUUGUGUGAUAGUGUAGCCAUUUUUGUGUAAUAGUUAACUACUCCUUCAAGGGAUUGACUUCUCCAGUUUUAAAUACAAAAUGAAAUUGUCUGUAGUUUUCGUUCAUAUCUGUAAUACUGUACAUCACUACUACUCCUGAGAAGAUACAGUAAAGUUUGUAUUCAUAUCUAAUACAUCACUACUCCUCCUGGGAAGAUACAGUAAAGUUUGUAUUCAUAUCUAAUACAUCACUACUCCUCCUGGGAAGAUACAGUAAAGUUUGUAUUCAUAUCUAUCUCUGUGAACUAUGAAAAUGACUUCACACAUUCUUUGGUACGUAUUCAUGAAGCAACAUUGACCUUAGAAAUGGAGUCUUUAUGUGAAUUAUAUCUUAGUUUGUUUGUAAUAGAAGUUAAUAAAUUGUACCAAGGAAGAGAAAUGUUGGGAUGUGGAGGUAUAUUGCACAAGAAGUGUAUUCAACUUGUAGAACAGAGAACUGAAAUUUUUUUCUCUAGUCCAAGAAAGAAUAAGUUGAGCAUAGCUAUGACCACUGAACAACAGAUGAUCGUGUAGGAAUACUGAGGGAGGCUCAACUUUCUCUGUCGGUGUCGGUGAGACUCUUAUCAUAUAUCAUUACUGUACAUUUAAAAGUAAUAUUCAAUUCUGAUGGUGUGUGUGUGUCUCUGUCUGUGCAAGUUCAUUGUACAAAGAUUUUACUGUACUGUAUUUGAAUUUAUGGAGGCAACAAAGUACAGUGAUUAGAUUUUAUUUUUGCUUUAAGAAGAAGAAUGUUUUAGUUGGAUGUUAUUACACGUUAUACCCUGUACAGUAUUUUGUAUAUAUAUUGUACAGUGUAUACUGGAUGUUCAUGCAAAAUACCAUAAAUUCCUCUACAGUAUAUGCCUGUUAACAAUACUUUCUUUUAUCAUUCAGCUUUAAAGAAAACCCGUAUGGUUUUUGUAAAGAAUAUGUUCCUUUAAGCAGUUUCUUCAUUCUAGCAGGAGAUAGCACUUCUCUGGUUUGAGGAUGUGUGAGUAAAUCUAGUCAUUAGAAUGAAAAUACUGUGCCUAUAAUACUAAUACUGUGCCUAUAAUACUAAUACUGUACCUACCUCUGUCUAUAUAUUCUCUGGGAACAAACCAAGCUUAAGUUGUGAGAAUUUGAACACAAUUUUUAUGAGCUACUAUUAAGUACUGUACCCCUGUUGUUCUGUUCACAUUUACUAUGAAAGAAAGAAAAGUUUGAGUUUUGAACGUUUCUAAAAAUUGUCACUUAAAACCAAUGCUGUACAGUACUUACAUUGUCUUUGUUUUGUUUACAUCAUCUCUGUAAGGAGGUUACGUUUCAUUUGAUAAAUUUAAUAAGAAUUUCUGCAGCCUGUCAUAAAUUACUUGAUUUUUUGUGCAGGAAGUUGUGUGUUGGGAGAUUAUGCUACACACACCAUACUACACACUCACGCACACACACACUACAUACAUACACACACCACACUAUGUACACACACACACACACACACACUAAAGACAGACACAAUAAUAUUAAAGAAUUUUGUACAAAAUCUUCCCAACACUUUUAAUGUCUUCAUCAUUUCUGUAAUUAUUGGUAUUCUUAGUGAGUUUAUAAUACUGUACUAUGUUGUGAUAAAGAUAUUCCUUAUGUUGCCAAAAAUAUUUACAUGUGUGCUGUAGUGAGUUAAUGGAAUAAUUGUAAAAAAAACAAGUAUUUUAUUUUAUUAUUUACUGGAAGUCACAAUAGUAUAUUUUUUUUAUCUUUAUAUAAUUGAUAAACUGUGACUGUUAAGAGAGUUAUUUUCAAAAUAUAUGUUUCAUUCUUAUUAGUUUCAUGUUUGCUUAUACCUUACCUAACUUAUCUUUAACCCUCCUUGUAUACGGUUAGUCCUCUGAGAUGAAUGAAAUCAUCUGGCAUAAGGCAAAUGAAAUGUUACAAUUGGUGUCCCCGUAGUGAAGAACUUAGGUGGGAUGAUGAUUAUGGUGUAGCUGCUGUAUACUGUUUCUGUCAAAGUGUGCAACCCUAACCUGUUGUCCCUCAACCCUGUGAGUCAGUUUAGUGUUAGGUCAGUUAAGAAUGUGUUUAAGGAGUCAGUUCAGUGUAUCAGGUUAGUUAAAUGAGUUUUCAGGGAGUCGGUUUAAGUGUCAUUGUAAAUACAUAUACAUAACUAGCGUACUAAAAAGUACAGUAUAUCAGAAGAGAAGAAAAUAUACCUGUUUCUAGCUAUUUGGCAGGUAUGACUGCAAGAUAUAAUAAACAUAUACUGUGUAGUAUGUACCUGUAUAUCUAAUAGUGUAUUCUGAUACAUCCAAACCAGAACAUUAUUUUUCACCACUUCUGUAUAGGGUCCGCUCUCUGCUGAAUAACAUCGUCUAAUGUUAGCCAAAUAGAAUAUUAAAAUUGGUGUCCCCUUAGUGAAGGGGGUUGUCUUUUUUUUUAAGGUUAAAGACUCGCGAUACUUUACAGAAAUCUCAAUUCCAUGAUAAUAAUCUUGUCUAAUUAUUUUUGAGAUUUAGAAUUUUUUAGUUUGUUUAUUGUCGUCUCGGACUUCCUGCCCUGAAUGUUUAAAAUAAUGGACAGUAGACUGUUUACCAUUCUGCCAAUUGGCUCCCACCUCCGUCAACAUUGAACAUCUGCAUUCUAUACAUUGGUGUUUACUGUUAAUAGAAGCCAAAACAAUUUGUUCAAGAAGUAUUAUUUUCCUGGAGGAGAUGGAAGGAUUGAUGUAGGAGGACGACCAUGUGAGGAGAGACGCCAGACAAUGGUCAGUCUUGUGUAAGCUCUGACCAAAUGCAUUGGUGAGUACUGUAGUAUAUAACUUUUGUAUUUUCAUUUCCAUUCUCAAUAAAAUUAUUUUCUUUUA